AUGCGAACUCCUUCCUCGGCUUGGGCAUCGGGCCGAGCGACCGCGAGCUCCCGUGAGCUGCUGGCCUCGGAGCUGGCGGAGGCGCAGUCGGCGCUGGUGGCUCUGCGGGGCCGGCUGCGGGGGACCAAAGAGGCAACUGCAGAGCUCCGACGCCGCUGUGCCACGGAGGAGGCCGAGGCUCCUCGGCUCCUCCGGAGGGCCGAGGAAACAGCGGCGGAGCAUUGUCAGACCAACCACGAGCUGCGGCAGCUGCAACACGCCUUGGUGCAGGUGGGCCGGCGACACCAGACCGUUCGGGAGACAUCUGCAAGCAGUCUCUACGCACAAUGGCGGGCUGCCCUCCAUGCUCACGUACGUGCCGGAGGUCUGGUUGACGUGGAGGACUUCCCAUUUGCGGCCUUCCUCAAACAGGUGUCGGAGGUGGUUCCCUCAACGGAGCUGGAGGCAAAAGAAAGCGCCACUGCCGAUCUCAAGGAAGACCUCCUGGUCAUGAAGGCGAGAAUUACGAAUGUCGAGGAGACAGAAGCGGUGUCAGCGUUUGGAGCAGGGCCAACUUUGCGGUUGGAGGAGCAGCGAUCCACGAAUCAAGGUUGGGGACAAGGCCGCCUCAGCGAUUCUGCGCAGAAGCACCAGAUCCGCGAGGAGCAGGAGCACUAUCGGAACCAUGGCGAGGAGCUGCAGGUGCAGCUGCUCAAUGAUGAGGCACAGCUGCAAUGGGCUGUCGCGGCGACUGCUCAAGCCAACGAGGAGGCGGCAGAGCUGAAAGGGCUCCACCAAUCCCUGUGCCGCCGGAGAGUGCUGCUGGAGGAGCAUACCUGCAAGAUGCAGGGAGGAGGUGAGCAGUUGCGCAAAAAGGUGGAGGCACAGGAGUACGAGCUGGGCCGGCACAGACUCGUUCGCGUGUGGAGCAACGAGGCUUCGGAACUUCGCCGUGCUGGCCAGAUGCACCAGAACGAGGCAUUGGCUUUUCUGCGAAGUGCAGCGCGCGUCAGCGCAGACACCGAGAACGCGGAGGAGGAGCUCCAGCGACUGUGGGCACGGAUCGGAGAGGCGCACCGAGAGGCAACAGCCCAGCGGGAGGCUUUGGGCCGGACCGGGGCCCUUCGUGGGGUCGUGGAGAAGGACGUACUGGGCUUGCGCGAGACCAGCGCCUUCCUCGCAGAGCAGCAGCGCCGUGUGCAGCUGGCAAUAGAUCCAGGCCCGAACUCGCCGGCCUUGAAAGAGUUGCCAGAAACCUACGCCGGCGGGCCACGAUGGUGGCUGAAUCUCUCGGACGAAGGCGCCACUCUGUGCGAGCUUCUGGCUUUCGACCAACGCAUAGAACUGGUGGCGACGCCAUCCUUGCACACAAGGGAGCCUCCGUCGAACCUCUGCGAGGAGAAGGCUCGCCAUCUCCGGCCUCAGCCGAAGCGGCCGCUCGGCCAGCGAAUCGGAGGUUCGGAGAAUGUGCUGCCGAUUGACGCCAAGUCACCCGCGAAGUGGUCUUCAUGCAAGCCAUUGGCGACUUCCAACAACAAGGAAAAUCAGAAUGACCAGGUCCCUCGAAAAGCGCAUGAGGCCUCACCUUAUGAGGAGGGCACCGCGCUCACCGAAGCGCUGCGAAGAAGCCCGCUAGGCCACAGACUGGGUGCACUCUGCAAGCUUCGCCAGGCGCUGGCUUCAACCAUUCAGGGUCCUGUGGAAGGGGUGUUGCGAAGUGGUGGGGCUGAACUGCUUGCCUCAGUCCUUAGCUCCACCGAGUCCACAAGCGCCUGCCGGGUCGAGGCCGCGUGGUGCUUGGUCCAGCUCAGCUGCGGCAGCUCCACGCAGACGAAGCAAGUUGUCCAGGCCGGUGCCACUCAGGCCGCUCUGGGCACGCUGCGUGCCGCGCGGAGUGCCGCGCCCAUCGCAGAAAGUUCGGAGCUAUGCGACUGCUGCCUGCAGCUUCUGGCAAAUGUUGCCAACGACCAGGACCCCAGCAUGCGCGAUCACUUGCUGCUCGAUGACAUCGUGGAGGUGCUCGGCCAGCUGUUCGGAGAGAUGCCUGGCUUUUCCUGGACAGAGCUGCAGCGAAGAGACGUCCUUCUCAGCUUGACCCGGCUGUUGGUCGCACUUUGUCGCGGCGUGUCUGCUCCGCUGCUUGAGCGUGUCGAGUGCAGCCUGGAGUUCUUCUGCCAGGUCUUGGAGGGAACAAUCGACCGAGAAAUGCUACUCCUGGCUCUACAAGGUCUCUGCCACCUGCUCGAGGCCUACCAGGACUCGGACGCACGCGCAUGCGCGGCAGCCCUUGUGAGCGCAGGCUUCAAUCUGAAGCAGGGCGCGGGAGACCAACAGUCCUGCGGCACAGCAACGAGAAGUCUGUGGGAAGCACAGUCUCCGUGUUCGAAGGCAGCUUCGAUGCUCCAAGGAGGCGGUGAGGAGGCACUGCUUCUUGCAAAGCUCCUAUCGUUGGGCUUCCAAGCCUAG